AUGCUGCGGCGUCUCGCCUGUGCGUUCUUAACCGCGGCACUGGGCAUCCUUGUCGUGCUGCUCGGAUCUGAUGCCCCGGUCGCCCACGCGGCUGUGGACAUGCCUUUCUCUGUGCAAGCCGAGAAGGCGGUGCUCGGCAUUGCUGAACCUCGCUACUCAUUCACGAGUGCACAGAAAGUAAACACUCUGAAGGUUCUGCAGGCGUUUGCUGACGCGAUACCGUCACUGGGGUGGACCGGGACAGACUUCUGCAAGUGGUCGAGUGUGACAUGCUACCAGUCGACUGUCAUACUUACAGUCAGCGGCAUCAGCGUGGAAGGCACGCUUCCUGAUUUUCCCGAUGAUGUGGACUACUCGAAUGUGAUGAUCACAGCCAUCUACUUGUUCGAUCAAAAGUCCUCGAUCAGUGGCACGCUGCCGAGCAGCUGGGGAAAGCUGCAGUACCUCGUCACCCUUAACGUGGGAUCCACCAGCGUGUCUGGCACUCUCCCUGCGUCAUGGGGCUCGCUGCAAGCGGUGACGUUCAUUUCACUUCAGAGCACGUCAAUCUCUGGCUCGCUGCCCGCCUUGUGGAGCUCAAUGAGUUCUCUCGCCACGUUGAUCUUGUACGACACUCAGCUCAGUGGGACUUUGCCACCAGAGUGGAGCUCCAUGGCUUCUAUGAACAUUCUCCAACUGCAUCAAAACCAGUUUACUGGUAGCUUCCCGGAGUCAUGGGCGCAGAUGCCGGCAUUGAGAAGGCUCUCGGCGAUCGCCAACAACUUCUGCGGCUGCGUCCCUGACUCGUGGAAGCGAGCAUCCUUCCGGGUGACUGUCGAUCCCAAAAACUCUGCCGCCGACUGCGCCACGGCUAACCCCUGCGUCCCGACGACCACGACGACCGCGGCACCGACGACCACGACGACCGCGGCACCGACGACCACGACGACCGCGGCACCGACGACCACGACGACCGCGGCACCGACGACCACGACGACCGCGGCACCGACGACCACGACGACCGCGGCACCGACAACCACGACGACCGCGGCACCGACAACCACGACGACCGAGGCGCCUUCUGAGUGCGAGGUGCCGCAUUGUAUUACCUGCGUUCGCGGAAACCCGACGCGGUGCGACGUGUGCUCAUCUGGCUACAUGGUAACGGCAGCGCAAUGGUGCAUGAAGCGGCCCAGCGCUAAUUGGGCUUCGUCGCCGUCAUCGACAGCGUUUAACGCAGCCGCGUCCCUUGGUGUGCUUGCCGCUGUUCUCUUGUCGAUGUAG